UUUCAGUCUUUAAGUCGUAUUCCAAUUAAGAGGUGCAUUUACAUCAAAAUGUCUGAACGUAAUCAAUUUAUUCUUCCAAAUACUCAACCGAUAGCCGAGCUGGACUGUACUACAGCUUUCGAGAAUUUAAGCAACCAAGAAAAGCUUUACGCUCAUUACUUUUCCAAGGCUUCCUGGUACGGUUCAUUGAUCACUUUAAUGCAAACCAGUCCAGAAUCACCUUUAAUUUUUUCACUGCUACAUCAAAUACUUCUUAAGGAUAGUCCAGAAGACUUGAAGGCAAAAUCAGAAAAAGCUGGCUUAUCAGAAAGCGAGUUCAAUGCAUUUUUGGUGUAUUGUUGUGGAUUUCUAGCAAAUAGUGGAAAUUACAAAGGGUUUGGCGACUCCAAAAUUCUUCCAGGACUUUCAGAGAUAAAGUUUGAAGCGCUUGUGAAGUCGACACAAGCUUAUCAGGAUAAUCCAAAAUCUAUCGGAAAAUUGUUAAAUUCAACAUUAUCGCUGAUUUUCUCAUUAAGUGAUCGAGAAAAAACAUUAGGUCUGAAUCCAGAGGGAGUUACAACUUACUUUUCAUCGAACUGUACAAAAGAAGACGCACAUAUCGUUGACGAGUUUUUGAAAGCGAAAAAACUAGAAUUGUGGAACGCACGCACAUUUAAAACUGUUAAAGACGGUUCCAAUGUUUAUGAAAUUCGUUUUGCUUCCUUUUUAACGGAUAAUACGGAUGACGCUGUUACUCGUUCAGAGGAAGAAUUCAAGGGCAACAUUUUCAAACUAACACGCGGCGAUUACUCACCACUUAUGAAACUCGUUAUCAACAAUCUGGAAAAAGCAAAAGAAUUUGCAGCAAAUGAAAAUCAGAAACAGAGGAUUGUUAAUUACAAUAAAAGCUUCAUGUCAGGAAAUAUUGGAGAUCAUAAAAAUGGAUCGCGUUACUGGAUCAAAGAUAAAGGACCAAUAAUCGAAGGAGAUAUUGGUUUCGCGAUGACUUAUCGAGAUCCAGCAGGAAGUCGUGGAGAGUUUUGGGGUUUUGUAGCGGUCGUCAACAAAGAAAUGUCGAAAAUUUUCGCAGAUCUUGUUGUACAAGCCGAAACCUUGAUAAAAGAUCUUCCAUGGGGAAAGGACUUUGAAAAAGAUGCAUAUCUCCGACCUGAUUUCACUUCUUUGGAUGUUUUGACUUUCGGUAGCUCUGGUGUACCAGCUGGAAUCAGCAUCCCGCCAUACGAUGAAAUUAGACAAAAUGAAGGUUUUAAAAAUGUUUAUUUGGGAAAUGUUCUAUCAGCUCGAAAUCCCUUAGAGGUGUUCUCAUUCGUCUCUGAUGAUGACCAGGAGUUACUGAAAAAAUAUAAAGGACCUGCGUUUGAGCUCCAAGUAGGAUUACACGAGUUAUUAGGACAUGGAAGUGGCAAACUAUUUCGCCGAAAUGACGAUGGAACCUUCAAUUUCGACAAAGAACGUGUGAUAAAUCCUCUUACGCAGGAGAAAAUCAAAUCUUGGUACGAACCAGGUGAGACGUAUGACUUAAAGUUUAAGACUCUAGCAAGUACUUAUGAGGAAGCCAGGUCCGAAGCAGUAGGUCUUUACUUGUCAUUAAAUAAAGAUGUUGCAAAAAUCUUCGGACACAGUGAUGAAAAAUUGAUUGAGGACCUAAUUUACGUAAAUUGGUUAUCGCUAGUUCAGAAAGGUGUUGGUGUUGCUUUAGAAUUUUACAAUCCUAUUCAAAAGACCUGGUUACAAGCACAUGCACAAUGUCGUUAUGUCAUCAUGAAGGUAUUGUUGGAAGCAGGUGAAGGUCUACUUACAGUUGAAGAAAUAGAACAAGGAAAGAAUCUCCGAUUGACUCUUAAUCGUGAAAAAAUCUUCACUGUUGGAAAAAGGGCGAUGAAAGAGUUUCUCACAAAAUUGCAAGUCUAUAAGGCAACUGGCGACAACGAGGCAGCAGCGAAAUUUUAUAAUCAUUAUGCCGAAGUUAAUGAAGAUGGGCCACAUCCUUGGGCCAAAUGGCGUAAAAUUGUUCUUGAACACAAACAACCUCGUAUAAUUUUCGUCCAACCAAACACGGAAGUAAAAGCAGACAAGGAAGUAAAAUUGGUUACGUAUGAGUCUACCUUGAAUGGGUUCCUUCAAUCUUGGAGAGAUCGGUUUCCUGACACCUCGGUCGACGACAUUUUGGAGAAACUUUAUGAAGCUGAUAAAGAGCAUUUUCAAGAUCUCAAUCAGAACUAAUAAUGAUGCGUUAAGUUGUAAAUAACUCCGUAAAAAGUGAAUUUUCAUUUAAUAAACGUUAUUUUGAAACAACUUUGACACAGUUU